CUAAUCAUAUAACCAAAUACUUGGUAACGACAAAAUUUGAGCACAAAAUUAGGUAUUAUACUAUACAUAUAGAUGUAUACAUUUAAACAUGGAAGAAGAGAGCAUCAUUGAAAUCAUUGAUCAUGAUUCGGACAGCCAAAGUUCAACAUUUGCUCUCGAAUCAAAAUUACAGAAAACAACAGAAAAAGGAAAUAAAGUUGAAGUGAUUCAAAUAUUGACUCAAAAUCCAAAUUUAUUGGACGCGAAAAUAUUCAGAAUUUACAAAUCAAUAUUGCACUAUUACUACCAAAAAAAUGACAGAGAAAUGGUUGAGGAAAUAAUAAGGAUUGGAUAUGAAAAGAGUAGGGAUCCGUUUUAUGCAGUAGCCAGUUGCGAAGCAUCUCCAUCAUUAAAUAAAAAUGAAACUAAAGAGGGAGAUACGCCGUUAAUGUUUCUUUUAAAGUACGGGCAAUACAACCACAAAGACUUUAUGCAGCAUUUAAAUAUGUUGUUAACAGAAAUAAAUAUGAACAAAAUGGAUUAUUAUCACAAGACGCCUCUUAUGAUUGCACAACAAAAAAACGCCACUGAUGUUGUUGAAUUGUUAAAAAAGAAAAAUGUUUUGGUCGAUGUUUUAACUGAAUUAUUUAACUUAAUAAUACAAAAAAAAUCAACUGAAUUUGGGGAACUGUUGAGUCACAAUAUGCACCUUAAAAAUUGCGAUGACGGCGAAAAUACUCUUCUACAGUUGUCCAUAAUUUAUUGUCCAAAUAUAACAACAUUUUUACUAAGCAUUGAUGUAGACGUCAAUAGAACAACAGAAAGAAGUAACAAAUUUCCACCGAUACUAUUGGCUGCAUUGUUCGACGAAGAACAAAUAUUCCAUGCCUUGGUGAACAAUAAAACUUUAAAGAUCUCGCAAGAUUUGUUUUGCAGUUUUUUGAUAUAUCGUUCCAAUAAAGUGAAGCCCAAAUAUGUCAAAACUUUAUUGGAAUGCGACAAUUUGGACGUUAAUUACACCACAAAACAAGACAAUACACCGCUACAUUACGCAAUCAUUUUUCAUCAUACAGAUGCCACCAAAAGUUUAUUGAAGAGAGGAGCUUCCUUAACGAAGAAAAACAAAAACGGGAAAACUUGUCUGAGCAUGAUAAAUCCUAGCGUCCUCCACGAAUAUUUGGACUCUUGCAUUGUGUUUGAUAAUUUUAACAACGAUAUAAGGUGCGCGCGGUAUAAAAUAGUGUUCAAUUUUCAAAAUAUCGUUGAUAGAAACGAUGAAAUAGAUUUGGUCCGAAAAAUGGGAUCCAAAAAUAGUUUGAGGAAUAUUUUUAACCAUCCAUUGGUGGAAAUUUUAAUUCACAUGAAAUGGCAUUUGGCAAAACCGUUAUUUAUUGCUUCCGUAAUUUUAAGGUUUAUAUACUACUUAUUAAUAACCAUUCUUUUGGUUUCUAAAAUACAUUACCCUAUUUUUAUUGGUAUGAUUGUAUUAGGUCAAGCAAUCAUAACUUAUAAUUUUCUGUACAUAAAAGAUUAUAAGAAAAAUAAUGUUCAUGGGUUUUUUGAGGCACUGUUACUUUUGAAUCUAUUAUCACAAUUAAUAAUUUUGCUAAUCAAUUUUGAAAUAAAAAGUUUGGAGCCCUUUGCCUAUGUUAUUAUGUCCAUAAUAUUUACAUUGCAUAUAGGAUACCACCCAAAUCUUUCCAAAUGGGCAGCUAUGCUCCAAAUGGUAUGCAAAACAUUUUUUAAAUUGUUUUGCUUAUUUUUUAUUCCUAUCCUGGCGUUUACGUUAGGUUUUUAUCAGUUAUUUUACAAAAACAAACCUUUCAAAAACAUACAGGUAUCAUUGUUUACUGUACUGGUGAUGUUAACAGGCGAAUUUGAUGCCAACGAUAACUUUGUAAAUGACUCAGUUGAUUUUUUUGAUCAAGUAUUCUUUAUUUCAUUUCUAAUCUUGAUGACUGUUAUUUUGAUGAAUUUCUGGACGGCCGUUACCGUAUCGGAUAUAAGUAAACUCGAGAAAGACAGUGCUACAGUUGCGGCCAAACACACCCUAGGAUUUCUACAGUUUGCUGAAAAAGUAUACAGAACUUCAUUGUAUAGGUUUAUAGAAAAAACUUUAUGUUUAAAAGCACCUUUUCUUUCUGCCAACUGUUUAUCAGAGAAGAGGUCAAAAAAUUGUAAAAAAUUUAUACAAAACAAUAAAAAAGAAACCAUAUGUAAGGUUGAGUGCCACAUUAAUAGACAGAAAAUGUUCACAAACAAUCUUGAUACCUUCAAACUUAAUAGUCACCUUGUGUGUAGGGUUUUUGAGUUUUAUGAACAUAGGAAAAAAAAUAAACUCGCACUAAAAAACGAACAAGAAUUACGGAAUGAGAUUAGAACUAUAAAUCAUAUUUUGGAAAGACUUGAAGCUAGAGUAGCUGCUCUUACACCACUAACCAGAAACCAUAGUGUACCUUAGUUAUGUUUGAUUAUAUUAUAUUUAAAAAAUAAAUUUCUGAAGAUAACAGUUUAUUUUAGAUUACCUUAAUCUGUCCUU